UAGUAGUAGUAGUAGUAGUAGUAGUAGUAGUAGUAGUAGUAGUAGUAGUAGUAGUAGUAGUAGUAGUAGUAGUAGUAGUAGUAGUAGUAGUAGUAGUAGUAGUAGUAGUAGUAGUAGUAGUAGUAGUAGUAGUAGUAGUAGUAGUAGUAGUAGUAGUAGUAGUAGUAGUAGUAGUAGUAGUAGUAGUAGUAGUAGUAGUAGUAGUAGUAGUAGUAGUAGUAGUAGUAGUAGUAGUAGUAGUAGUAGUAGUAGUAGUAGUAGUAGUAGUAGUAGUAGUAGUAGUAGUAGUAGUAGUAGUAGUAGUAGUAGUAGUAGUAGUAGUAGUAGUAGUAGUAGUAGUAGUAGUAGUAGUAGUAGUAGUAGUAGUAGUAGUAGUAGUAGUAGUAGUAGUAGUAGUAGUAGUAGUAGUAGUAGUAGUAGUAGUAGUAGUAGUAGUAGUAGUAGUAGUAGUAGUAGUAGUAGUAGUAGUAGUAGUAGUAGUAGUAGUAGUAGUAGUAGUAGUAGUAGUAGUAGUAGUAGUAGUAGUAGUAGUAGUAGUAGUAGUAGUAGUAGUAGUAGUAGUAGUAGUAGUAGUAGUAGUAGUAGUAGUAGUAGUAGUAGUAGUAGUAGUAGUAGUAGUAGUAGUAGUAGUAGUAGUAGUAGUAGUAGUAGUAGUAGUAGUAGUAGUAGUAGUAGUAGUAGUAGUAGUAGUAGUAGUAGUAGUAGUAGUAGUAGUAGUAGUAGUAGUAGUAGUAGUAGUAGUAGUAGUAGUAGUAGUAGUAGUAGUAGUAGUAGUAGUAGUAGUAGUAGUAGUAGUAGUAGUAGUAGUAGUAGUAGUAGUAGUAGUAGUAGUAGUAGUAGUAGUAGUAGUAGUAGUAGUAGUAGUAGUAGUAGUAGUAGUAGUAGUAGUAGUAGUAGUAGUAGUAGUAGUAGUAGUAGUAGUAGUAGUAGUAGUAGUAGUAGUAGUAGUAGUAGUAGUAGUAGUAGUAGUAGUAGUAGUAGUAGUAGUAGAUUGUGGUGA